GCUCUAAGUCACAUAUCUAACAUCUGCUGUCAUUGCUUUGCUGCAUUCAUGUGCUUGUACAUCCAUCGAACCCAUGUAAAACUUCCUGUUUUCAUUUCAGACUCGUUGACAUUACGCAAAAAGAAUUAAGUGGAUUGAAGAUGCUUCUUAUUCUGAGUUGUUGGAUUAUCGCAGGGAUUACAGCAGAGGCCACACCGACGAGGCACUACCGCGUGAAAAACAGCUCAUUCUGUCUACAAGCUGGAAAAUCAGCAGGAAGUUCUGAUAUCAUGUGGACUUUUAAUAAGACAAUGAUUAUUGUUCUAAAUAAAGAGGUCCAACCCAACUUCACAAACAAAGUGGAUUAUAAUCCAAGUAACAUCUCCUUAUGUAUCAACGAACUCAGUGAGACAGACAGUGGCAUCUACGAAGUUCAACUCAGUAAUAAUGGCCGUUCUUCAUCUGAGACUCACAUACUUACUGUUCAAGAAACUGUUCCCACGCCUGUCAUCAGGAUGUCAGUAAUGCACCCCAACAUUUCUGCUGAUCUCUGCAACAUCACAGUUAACUGUACCGUCCAGCAUGACUGGAUGUUGUUUGUCUGUGAUCAAGACAGUUGCAGAGAAUCCCAGGGAUCACUCGGGAAGGUCAAUAUCACAACCUCCGUUGUCAACAGAUCUAUUGUCUGCAUUAGCAAUAAUGACGUCAGCAGAAGCAUUGUUUCAAAAAGCAUAGAGGCAAUGUGCUUCAGUCGCCAGCCUGAUCCUGAAGUCAAGACAUCACAUGUUGUAUUAUUAGUGGUAAUAGUUGCAAUAAUUGCAGUGGGUUUCGCCGUCAUUAUAAUUAUUGUCUGUGUGGCAGAGAGGGACGGUUCAACCAAAUGUAAUCAAUUUCAGGCACAGACAUCUCUUGUGUCUCUUGUGCAAAUCCAGCAAGUGGAGAUACAGCCACCAUCCGUGCCCAGAGCCUCUACCUCUUCUGAUGUCUCUUAUGAAAACGUGAGCGCCAUGCAGCCCAGCGAGACCAGCAAUCCAACCAUCAGCCCAAGAGAGGAACUGGGGCCAAAGCAAAGUCAGGAAGUGGAUACCGUCUACAGCUUUUUACAGGUACCAAACAAGGCUGCCUCGCCUGGCAGGAGUGACAGCAAUAAUGAUGCGAAAGAACACAACAAGACAACAGAGGCAUCGACUUCACCGUCUGUCACUCAGAAUCAGGCAGAGCAGCCUGCGGAAAUUGACACAGUGUACAGUGUGUUGCAAAAGCCACAAAUAUGAACUCACAGCACCACCAAUAGGCCAAACAAGAUCUACAGAAGCCAAAGAGAUGAACAUGACAAGUGGAAGAGGUCUGUUCAGUCAAAGCCAGAAUAAUGACAUUCAUGUAGUAUUUUGUACAGUAUUUUGAUAUUGUGGCAUUUGUUUUAUUUCAGAAGCACUUGGUGACUUGUGUAUAUUUUUUUAUCAAACGAAAUAAUAAUAAAACGAGUACAACAAA